CAUCAUCUGCAGAUCUUAUGUCAUUUAUCUCUUACAGACUUCAUCUGUCAUUCAUUCAUUCAUUCCUGUCUUUAUUUUGAUUGCUUUUAGCUUUCUGUUCUAUUCUCUUCACGUCAAUCUUCUCAAUCUUCCGCUCGCAUGCAUUCUAUUUCCGAUCGGCACUGCAUACUACUUAUAUCUGUCAGCAUAAGUAGCAUAUAUCACACUACUACUAAAUCAUGUUCAGUGUGAAAACUUUGAAUGUCGUGAAAGAGCGUAAUUUCAUGAAAUGACUCGUCAGAAUAACCAGAGAGUUUAUCCCUGUAUUUCAUAAACUAGCAACCAAGUAUAAUUUUGGUGGUCAACUUCAUGUCCAUUUGGGUGAUCGUUUAACUACAUAAAUUAACAUACCAAGUCUGAAACGAGAGCUAAUACAAAUGCUGAGGUGUUCAUUCCAUGGUGCUAGGACUUCAUGUAUUAAUUAUGAGGUAGCUCAUGAAACUAACUUCCGGAAUAUCAACAAUUCUAUCACAUUAUUUAGUUGUCCUAAUCCUAUUCGUACUCAAGAUCAUGACGGUAGACGUUUAAAUAACUACAAUAAUCAUUCUCGUGAAAACAUGGGAGACAAUGCAUCGAAGAACUCCAAGGCAGUAAACAAAGAUCCUAACAUUGCCGUACGACCCACUGAGUCCUCAAUAUUGGGGAUUACUGGACAUAGACUGGCCAUACGAGGAUGCUGUGAAUUGCUAAUAAGAGAUUAUAAUUCUUCACACAUACUUUGUGAAUUUUUAGUUAGUGAAACAGGACUGUCAAUACUGAAAAGUCUUGAAGUGAAAUCAGAUGGAAAGACCUCUAGAAUAUGUGGUUACUAUAAAUUAACACUGAACUCCCGUUUGUUAAAACAAACGUGCACGAAGGGUAGAAGUUGAAGAUAUUCUAAAUCGAC